UCUACGGCCGCGCCGCUGGGCGCUGUCCGGGCUGGGGCUGGGCGGGUCGCUGCACCUGGGGCUCAGCCUGCACUGGACGCUGACCACGCACUGGCCCACCACGCUCAACUGGAUCCUCAGCCUGCACUGGAGCCCGCCCAUGCACUUCUACGUGUCGCUGGGGCUGGCCAACAGCCUGGGGCACAUCAGCAGCUGGGGGUGGCGCCGCAGGAGAGAGCUGCGGCCCCCGACUCGAAGACCGACGUGGAGAUUGAGGUGGACAAGGGCGCGCUGCUGCAGGCCAUCGUGAACGCGCUGCAGGGCGGCACGGAGGUGGAGCCGGCGGACACGCAGGAGCAGCAGCAUGUCCAACAAGUACCUCCCCUCGAGCAGACGACGACGUCCUCGCCACUGGUGGAGCUGGAGCCGCCCGCGGCGCCGUCGCGCCCCCUCGGCCAGGUGAAGCCCACCAAGGCGCCCCGCUUCUCCGACUCGUUCCUGCCGGCGCUCGUGCAGGUGCUGAACCACGUGGUGGACUUGGUGGAGGAGCGCGAGCAGGUGGUGGAGGUGCCGCCCACGUCGACCGCCGCCUACGUGAUGGAGACGGUGCAGGUGCCCCCGCCGGCGCCCAUCGAGGUCACCGUCGUGUCCCCGCACAAGCCGCUCAAGCCGGACACCGCCAACCAGGUCAUCAUCAGCGGCCCCCUGGCGGGCAUCGCGUCGCUGCUGUCCGCCGUGGCCACCAGUGUGGUGGGCACCCCGGGCACGGCCAGCGUCAGCAUCACCGAGAACCACGCCGCCAAGGCCGAAGCCGUCACCCCGGUGGCCCUCGCCACAGAGGCCCUCGCCACGGAGGCCCUCACCACGGAGCCUCUCACCACGGAGCCGCUCACCCCGGAGGCUGCCACCCAGGCUGACACCGAGGACGUCACCGGGAUCGUCAUCCAGGACGUCACCGAAGCCACCAUUGACUUUGUGAACAAAGACGCCACCGAGUACGAGAGCGAGGCCACCACCGUGGUCGCCACCGAGGACACCACUCCACUGGUGACCCAUGGCAACAUCAAGAACGCGGUGACGGAGGUGGUGAAAGGUGCCGUCGCGGCGGCCGUCGGGGAGGCCGUGGAGGACGCCGUCAAGGGCGUCGUCAAGGACACGAUCAAGGAAAUCUUCCGCGGCGAGGGCAAGGACCUCCUCCAGUACGAGCCUGUCGUCAACAGCGUUCAGGCCGUCGCGGAGCUGAUGGACGACGAGGACAUGCAGGAGGACAUGCCGGUGGUCCAGAACGACGUGCCGGUGGUCAACGAGGAGACCGUGCCCAUGACCAUGAUGAUGUCUAUGGUGAUGGACGACGCCGGCCCGCUGUCCUUCGACAUGUCGCCGGUCGAGGAGGACGACGAGGCCGCGACGGAGGCGCCCUGCCGCAGCAGCCGCAGCAGGCGCGCGGCGGACGUGUUCCCGGACGAGUUCAAGACCUACGUCGAGAUGCCGACGGAGGACAGCACGGACGAAGCCCCGGUGGAGACGACGACGACGACGGUCGAGGACGACGACGUCGCGAACGAGGCCGAGUUCGCGGACGAGGGCGUGUUCGCGCUGCCCCAGUACCGCGGCGAGGCCGUGGCCGUGGGCAAGAAGACGGCGUCCUCGGGCGCGUCCGACUCGCUGCUCGCGCUCGUCAAGCUGCGCUUCGCCCUCAGCGCCGAGGCCCGGAGGCAGAACUUCAAAAACUUCCAGGGUUACUCGGACCGCGUCCUCGCCGCGCUCACCAGGACGUCCUCACUGACCGCCAGGGAGCAGCUGGGCGUCCUGCUCGCUGGCGUCCUCGACCAGAAAGCCAUCAAGUCCCCGAAGACGACCAAGCGCGCCGCCGUCGUGCUGAGCGAACUGGAGGACCCCAAGUCGGAACUCAGCCGCACCCUGGAGGACCUGCCCGCACUCAAGUACAGCGCCUGAGGACUUGGCUCGCGAGUGUGUGCGGCAGCCAGCGCCCCAGCGAAGAGAGAGAGAGAGGGAGAGGGAGAGAGGGAGGGGGAGAAAAGAAGAGAGAGAGAGGGAGAUAAGAGCCGGCGGACUAGAGAGCACCUGUCGAACCGCUUGCCGCCCCCCGUCCUCCGAGAGCACAUGUUGAAAAGUUAGUCGAUCGAGUCAGGGGUUGUAUGUCGUGCGUGGCGGCGAGGCCCCGCGGCGCGCUCCGGGGAAGACCGCCCCAGCUGGGGCCCACCCAUGCCCCGCCGCGUGCCCAGCAGUGCGACUUUGCCUUGACGACUGACGAGGCUUCCGCUAGUCCCGAGAACAGUGAACCUGAACCAGUGUGUUACCAUAAAGACUUUUACGUUUACCUUAUUUAUAAGUUUUAUUUAUAAGUGGUUAAGAUUUUCGAGCGCAGCCGCGCGCGCGCGCGUGUCUAGGUUUGAAUUUAUUUUUAGUUAGUUACCGAUAUAUUUAUGCCAUUACUGUUUUACUAGUUAUGAGCUCAGUGACUGAUUACGUUAAGUAGAUUGUUAUAUUUUUUUACCGAAAAUAAAUCUAUUUUUAACACUUUUU